UCAAGAGCAGAAAAACUGCAGAGAUUGUUCAACAAAAUUUGUCUACAAAAUGAGCUUUCUUGAGUCUUUGAAGGAAUAUUUUCACACUGAAGACCUCUAUGAAGUCCUUUCUCUACCCAAGACCGCUUCUGAGUCGGAAAUUAAAAGAGCUUAUCGUCGUCUUUCUCUCCAAGUUCACCCAGAUCGAGCGAAAGAGCAGGACAAAGAUUCCUGCACGGCGAAAUUUCAGUGUCUCAGCAAAGUCUACACCGUUCUUUCCGAUAAAGAUAAGAGAGCRUUGUAUGAUGAGAGUGGAGAAAUAGAUGAUGAAGUUGUACAGCAAGAAAGAGACUGGGAUGCUUACUGGAGAUUGCUGUUCAAAAAGAUCUCGUUUGAUGACAUCAAAGAGUUUGAGAAKAAMUACAAAGGCUCGGAGGAAGAAUUGAAUGACUUGAAGUUAGCUUACGUGGAUUAUGAAGGCGACAUGGAACAAAUAUUAGAAAAUGUUAUUUGUUGCUCUCAUGAGGACGAGGAAAGAUUUCGGGAUAUUCUUGAAGAAUGUAUCAGAACAAAGGAACUUCCUAAAUAUGACAAUUUUGCAUGCGAACCGAAAGCAAAGAGAAAGGCAAGAAAGAAAAAGGUCAGGAGAAAUAUAGCAAGCACAAAAAURWCUGCAAUAAAAAAAAWWAUAAUAAAGUUUGAAACUCAAAUGAAUGACUUGAUUGCUGGUUUGGAAGCCAAAUACUGCAAGCCAAAAACUACAAAAAAGAAGAAAACURCUGCCAAAUCAAAGAAGUAGAAUAUAUAGAGACACUGAAAGACAAGCAUGACAUUAAGGUAAAAUAUUAGUUUAUAUAAUAGUUGGUUGGAGUUAUGAAAAUCACUGAACGGUAGUGGYAUUUAUUCUUCUAUUAGCAAAACAAACUAAAAUAUUUUAAUAGUCUGAUUAGACAAAGACACUUAWAUGUUUGUAUUUUGUAGGUCAAAAUGUUUUAUGCACAAUUUYCAAAACAAUCAAAUUCCAACAAAACAAUUUCAAUUUUUCUUUCCAAAGUUCUGCAUUUUUCUGGUGUUGCUUAUACUUGUAUAUAGUAAUCAGGACUCUUGAUGAUAAAAAAACUACCAAAMAAUUACAUUUGUCAAUUCUAGAAAUAAUUUCAGUGUAGCUAUAACCCAGCAUAAAAAAACUGCAAAUGAUAUUACAAGUCCUGUUGUCAAAUUAAAGUAAACCUCUGGUAAUCA